UCCUCCCUGAAGCCCUCCCAGCCUCUCCCCAGGCAAACCUAGCCUGUCCUGCCACCUCCAGCCUGCCCAGUCUUCCUCAACACCACAUGGUAAUUGCUCACUCUCCUCCCUGAGCUCCUCAGGCCAGGACCCUGCUCAGGAAUGAUCACUGCUACUGCUGAUGGUGGCCCAGCCCUGUGAAGCCAGAGGUCCUCCGCCACCCUGAGCGGUUCUCUCUGAUCUACUCACAACACCCGUUCAUUGUGCCCGGCGGGCGCUUUCUCGAGUUCUACUACUGGGACUCCUACUGGGUGAUGGAGGGUCUGCUCCUCUCUGAGAUGCCGGAGACGGUGAAGGGCAUGCUGCAGAACUUCCUGAACCUGGUGCAAACCUAUGGACAUGUCCCCAACGGGGCCCGCGUGUACUACCUGCAGCGCAGCCAGCCCCCACUCCUGACCCUCAUGAUGGACCGCUAUGUGACUCACACCAACGACAUCGCCUUCCUACGGGACAAUAUUGGGACCCUAGCCUUGGAAUUGGACUUCUGGACUGAGAACAGGAACAUCUCUGUGAGCUUGGGGGAAAAGAGCUACGUCCUGAAUCGCUAUUAUGUCCCUUAUGGGGGACCCAGGUGAGGAACCUCCUGGCCAGCAUUUGAGUGUCACCAGGUCCCUGGGCAGGAGGGCAAGUGACUUAGCCCCACCUCUCUGAUGGAUGGUGACUGUGGGGAUGGGGGCCUAUAUUCUCAGGAAGGGAGUUGUGAUCUGUGCUCUGGGGGUCGUGUAGCCCCAGGCCUACACCACCCUCACUCAGCUCCAUGCCACUUGGCCAGGCCACAGAAAGACCACAUGAAGUCUGUAGCAGUGACUGACCAAAUUGGGAGAGGUGGUGGUCAGGCUGGUUAGGCUGCUCUGUGAGGCAUCCGUAUUCUCUGGGGGUCCAGGGCCUGCCUGGGGCAGCAGAGACCUAGAGGACAAAGAAGCAGGGAAGGUACCACCAUGAUUAGAGUCCAGGCUCUGCAGUGAGGGGGACAAGAGAGCUCUGUCCUGGCAAGAGGAGAGGAGGAGCCGA